UCUGAGCUGGCAGCACGCUCAGUGUAUUUCCUGGAGGGAGUUAUGGCGUGCCGGUGAGGAGCCCCCCCCCGCCCUCCAGUAAGGGAGGCAGGGAGGUAAAGAGCGGGACCGACCGGAGCGCCAUCAAUCCUGAGACUCUGAGCGCCGCCGUCAUGGACCCAAGCAUUCAGGCUCUGGAGCUUUCAGGGGUGUUCUUCUCGGCUGCGGCCUGGCUUUGCUCGCUGGCUACCACCCUGAUGUCCACCUGGCUCACGCUGUCCACCGAGCUGCUGCCCACCGAGAGCUACGAGCUGGGGCUGUGGGAGACCUGCGUGGUCCAGGAGCUCGGAGUGCUGGAGUGCCGGCCCUACGACGGCAUCCUGGGCCUGCCGCCCGACAUCAAACUGGCCCGUAUCCUCAUGUGUGUGACGCUGGCCACCGGGCUGCUCGGGGUCCUGCUAGCCAUCCCCGGGAUGCGCGUGGUCAACAGCUGCCACGACCGGCUGGAGGACCUCCGCUGCAAGAGGGCCCUGAAGGCAGCGGGGGGGGCGCUGUGCCUGGUGGCCGGGAUCCUGGGCCUCGUCCCGGUCUCGUACAUCGCACACCUCACGGUCGUAAGGUUCUUCGACGAGUCGGUGCCGAAGGUGGUGCCGCGCUGGGAGUUCGGGGACGCCCUGUUCUGCGGCUGGACGGCGGGAGUUCUUCACCUGGUGGCAGGAACUCUGCUCCUGACGUCCUGUUUGUGUCUGCAGAGGGAAAACUGUGACACACCUGUGCACAUACCUCUGGGGAAGGUGCAUCCAGGACAGACCUCUAUCUGGAACAGAUCCGAGUACGUCUAAGACUACUUCCCACCAGGGACGCCGCCACUCUUCUCCGAACUGGUUUUAUUACGUCAGUUAGAAGCUGAACUGAGACCGAAUGUUUCCGACCUUUGUGGAUCGAACUCUGGAAAUUGAAGCCAAACAAACCAAAACAUACGUACCUCACUCUCAUUGUGAAAGGGUAACACAAAGUCCACUCUGUAAGUUAAAAAUCAUUCCUGAUGAAAUACUUUUAAUCACAAAUGAAGUCAGUGUCACUUAAAAUGACUAAAGAAUGAUUUUGUUACUUAUAAAACUGAGUUAAAUGAAUGAAUCUGGUUUUACAGUGCAGAAUAAAGGUUGUGGCUUCAGAUUUUAAUCA